AGUCUCGACUUUUAUUUUAAAAUCCAUUGAAUGUCUGCGUUUUCUCUGUGCUUCUCAUCGACGGAGGUGCAGUGUCUUGUUUAAUUUGACAAUGGGUGAUGAAGGUCCAGCAGAGGAUUAUCCCACUGAAAUAGAGGAUAACCUAAAUGAUUUUGAGUCCUCUGUGGGUUCUGUACAGAAGAUGGUCCAGAGUCUCGUGUCUGUAUCCAGAAGCAGCCAUUUGGAUAAAUUAGAUCCUCUUGAUCAAGCUAAAUUGGACUUGAUGUCAGCAUAUGCCCUCAACUCAAUGUUCUGGAUGUAUUUGGUGACACAAGGAGUCAAUCCAAAAGACCAUGGAAUCAAACAAGAAUUGGAGAGAAUCAGGACAUAUAUGAACAAAGUGAAGGAAAUCACAGACAGAAAAAAAGCCGGACGUCUCGACACAGAUGCAGCCUCACGGUUUGUUCGAAAUGCAUUGUGGGAUGCAGAGGACAAGAAACGAGAGGACAAGAAACGAAAGGACAAAACUGAUCAUUCUGUCAGAGGAAAACACACAAGGUUUAAAUAGAUUUGAGCUGACUUCAUAAAACACACAUGCUGGACAUUUUGUGUGCCUUGUGGAAAGUUAUUUUGCUGACUUAUAAUGUCGUCCGAUUGCGCAAACAACUUUGGAUGCUCAACUUCUUUAAUGUGACUGUCCAUGCUGCCAUAUGUUGAACAGUAUCAUUUUUCACAAGAGACUGACUUAUUUCAAACUAAAGAAGAAAUUUAAUGCAACCCCUUUUUAAAGUUAAAUUUUUUUCUAGAGCCAUUGUUUUUCAUAGUCUUGCGUGUGUUUUAAAUCUGGGGUUAUCUGAAAUGUUCUGUGUGGACCAUUCAUACUAGCAACCCCAUUAAAAUUUUAAAGCCUCUGUUUUUAUUUGAAAUAUUUUAUCUUUUUGGCAGACUGAGAGAAACAUUCAGUCCCUCACUGAACUAUGAACACCUUCAGCUCUUUAUCUCCAUCCUGUUAUUGUUAAUUGACUGUAUAAAUAAUUUACUACAGUAUAUUUUCACGAGCCUGGUAUUACCUUUUCUGAAAUACACAGUGGGUUUCUGAUGCCCAGUUCACAGGAGUAUUUGCUACCCAAGGCCAGAAUUAAUGAGUUGUGGAAGUGAAAGACUUCAGAAAAAUAACAUUUGGCUGGUCAUGUCAUCUCAACACAGUGUCUGUGACGAGGGACGGUAAUUAUGUACAAUUAAACAGCUUUUUCUUGACAAAGA